UGUAGAGUCUAUGCCAGAGCUGCUCACAGCGGUGCAGAUCUUGGCCAGUUCUACAGCUGAGAUUGCAGCAGCUUCUGUUGGGGAUUCCAAUCUAGUGAAAGCUGAUAAAGGUCUUGACACCACAUGGGCGACGACACAGCCAGAGGCCCCAGAUGCCACCACAAAGGUGGAGGAUGAAGAAGCGACUGAGGAGGCAGCUGCUGAUGUGAACGAGGAGGAGCUGGAGUCUGUGGUUGAUGCAAAAGCUCCAGCUGCUGAAGCACAGACUGAGGAGGAGACAGACACGCCUGUCGCAGAUUCAGCCGAGGGGGAGGAGGCAGUUGCAUGUCUCCUCGAGGAACUUACAACCCCAGCACCAACAUUGGAGGAGCAGGGUGAGGUUGAGGCUGAAGGUCAGGCUCUCGUCCCUGAAGCUGCUCUAGAGGAGGCGAUCUCCUUCACAGACGCCUCACUGGAAGAUUCUGCCCCUGUAGAGGAAGCUCCAACCACUGAGGAGGCAGCCAGUUAUGCUGAAGCAGCUCCAGUGGAUGAAACAUCAACUGCUGCCAGUUCAUUGGAGGAGGCACCAGCUGAAGCUCCAUCAGAGGAGACCGUUGAAGUUCUGGAGACACAGAGUGAAGAUGCACCAGUUGUGAACACGAUUCAGCUUGCAGCAGCCUCCUCUGGCUCCUUCCUGGAGGCCGUUUCAGCGUCUGAACCAGAGUGUGCAGAAGAGGCUUCAGAACAUGAGGCCGGGCACUGCCACUCCUGCCACUCUGCUCCAUCUUCAGCAGAGGAGGUGGCGCCACCUGCUGCUUAUAGAGGGCAUCCAGCAGUUGAUGGUUCUGACGAUAUGACGCAUGAGACAAAUGAGGCAGAGUCACUGGCGGAAGGACAAACCACGGAGACUAUGGUGGUGGUGACAGCCCAGUCAUGAAACGACAGUGUGCCUUCCACAACACUCAACCAAUCGACCAAACCAGAAUGACCAAUGAAAACAUGGAGAGAACUGGCAACAGAUUUCUCUUUCUAAAGUGUAAUUUUCUAAAUAUGACUUCCUUUUUCUGAUAAAUGUAAUCCCAUUAAUGUCUGUUGUCCACUAGGUGCCGCUGUUGCAAAGCUUUUCAUAACCAUCAGUUUCUGAUGCUGGGCAGUGGUAAGAGUUUGUUAUUUUAAUGUCGUGAUGGACUUCUUUCCAUGGCAUUAAUAUGAAACUAUUUUGAGAGUUUUAAAAACCUAUAUAUGUUUUCUUUAAGCUUAUAAUAUUAAAUGUAAUUUCCUAAACCCAUAAGCUGAAAGUAUUUGCAUGUUGACCAAGUUCGUCAUAGUACAAAAUAAUGUGCAGCCUAUCUUUAGGCUUUGUGUUUUACGAUUAUAUUAUUAUUCUGUGGCAGAUUUCAAAGUGAUGCAUUUAGAAGAAAUAUCACAAUAUUACCAGGAGAAAAAAGUGUCGCAAAAGUGUUGUACCAGGUAUGACAACAUAUAGGCCCAUGUUUAUAAAAUAUAUGAAUGAAUUUACAUGUUUUGUACUUUAUAUAUUUGUUCAUUGUACUUCAC